CGUUUGCACGUGAAAUGUGGCUGAAGCUAGAAGGCAAAAGCCUCCUUUGUAUCCAUCGCGAAAAACUAUUACCUCAACCUGUCUACUGUAUUUGGUAAAACAUUUACCCCAGAUUACAGAUACAAUCUAAAAUUGGACCACGCUAUAAGUUAGUAGGCCUUAGCAAAUAGCGCAGCAUGUCUGGCGCACGGCAAACCCCACUCACUUGUGGUGGGCACACACGGCCUGUUGUAGACCUCGACUUCUCAGAAGUAACCGAGGAUGGGUUCUUCAUGAUCUCCGCAUGCAAAGACGGUCGACCCAUGAUCCGAAACGGUCAGAAAGGCGACUGGAUAGGCACUUUUGAGGGCCACAAGGGAGCGGUAUGGUGUGCUAGAUUGAAUCGCGAGGCUACCAGAGCGAUCACUGGCAGUGCGGAUUUCACAGCUAGGCUGUGGGAUGCGACGACGGGCAAGGAGAUGCUGCAGUUUGCACACGACCAUAUUGUGCGCACGGUAGCGUUUGACAAGUCUGAGAAAAGGGUUAUUACCAGCUCCAUGGAAAAACUGAUUAGGCUUUGGGAUGUAAACCAUGCAGAGAAGGAGAUAUUGCGCUUGCCUGGACAUACUAAGAAGAUCACGUCGGCAUGCCUGGCACCAAAUGAUGAGAACAUCGUCAUCAGUAGCAGUGAAGACAAAGAAGUGCGUCUGUGGGACAUCCGCUCAGGUGCAGCCGCACACGUGCGCACGUUCGACGCGCCCGUCACCUCGAUGCAGGCCACCUCGGAUGGCGAACACCUCGUGGUCACACACGGACACAAGGUGGAUCUUAUCAACUCAUCCACGCUGGAUAGUGUGAAGUCCUUCGAAGUGGGAUGCCCAAUCAAUUCGGCCUCUCUAAAUCCAGACAAGACCCGGUUAGUGUGCGGAGGCGAGGAUUUUUACCUACACGUCAUCGACUACGAAACGCAGAAGGAACUAGAUGUGUACAAGGGCCAUCACGGACCAGUGCACGUUGUGAGGUACUCUCCCGACGGUAUGCUGUACGCUUCCGGAUCUGAAGAUGGUACCAUUCGCCUCUGGCAGCACGAAGUGGGAGUGGAAUACGGUCUGUGGAAGAACCUCAAGGCCAGCGAAUGAUCAAUCCACAUACCUUAAGGACGAAAAUUUCAGUGUCAAAGCUGCCCAGUGGUCUUAGCGUCGAGUGCCUUUGCACUGAUAGCGCAGGUGAUGUGAAUUACAUGGUAUGGUUCCUGGAAACAAGCGUUUCCAGAGAGGCCGAGUGCAAACGAUUGCAGUAUAUUGCUGGGUCUCCAAUGGAGUCCACAAAAUGGAUACGAGGUCGACAUGGGUUUGUUCACUCGUGCGAUGAAGCAUGAGUAUGUGAGGCGAUGCAUCUGCACGGUGUUUUUACACGUGUUUAAAUACGGAUAUUCUGGCAAUCCUUCAAUCAGUCCGUGUAUAUCACUUAGGUCUGUGAGCAGUUAUUUUAGCAAACGUGGGCCGUACGCAAAACCUCGCAUAUCUUAGGUAGUUCCAGUGUAGGCGUGCACAUGUUGGGACUAUUGUGGUGGCAUCAUGUGAUGAUUUGGUGGUGUGGUGUGAUGCAGUGAAAGUAAAGCGGGGGUUUCGGCUGCCAAGCUUCGAGAUGGCUGGUAUAGGAUACAUUAGUGAACAUACAUAGCAGCCGUAAGCAGUUUAGUGUCAGACGAUACUAGCUAGCCCAGGUCUCGUUUAGACUUCCAUGGGGUUAGCUUACGGGGAAUUAGGCAGACGGUAGACCCAGUGUACACCACAGGCCGUGAAAUCACGUGCAGCUUGUCGUGCCAAGGUUAUUGGCCUACCUCUUUGAGCACUUGAGUACCGUGGAUGUUUGCACUGUUUGCCUUACACGAUUUUAAAGUAACUGUGACAUUCAAUUGGUGGUACGAAAUUGGGUAGUGACUUGAGAGUUAGAUCAUCGAACUGAAGCAUUCAGCUGGAUGUUGCCAUGCAAGGUUCAUAUGGGGAUUUAGUGCGCUAGAGGGCUGAAAGCUGAGCUUGACUUAGUUAAUUAGAUGUGGAGAAUACUCUUCUCGACAGGGAAUAGUAUCAUAAAACCGUACGAGUUUGCGACACGAGUAUUGAGCCUAAGUACCAC